AUGUUAAGCUCAUUGAAAAAAUGGGUUCAAGAUGUAACGGUCGAUCUUACUCCACCGCCACAAUCAGGAUCGUCCAGAUCUUCUUCGAGUUUUUCAGCAUCGUCAAUACCUGGAUCAGCACACAAUAAUAUUUAUUCAACAAAACUCUUUAAUGAAAAUCCAGAAUCGAGGGGUUCAAUGUCAUCGGCAGUGUAUUUAUCUCGGCCAAUGUCAAUGGAAAGUGUACGAAGUUCAAGAACAGGCAUUAUGUCGAUUCCACCACCACCGAGUUCACCUGUCGAACUGGAUUUAAGUCAUUUAAAUCGAGAAGAACAAGAACACAUUGCGAAUGUAUUACGGCGAGCAAGAGCUGUCGAAGAAAAACCAUCAAAUUUACUGCCAGUUACAGUUGCUUCAAUAAUGUCACCAGCAGCAUCGAUAACAUCUUCAAUAUCAUCAUCCUCAUCCUCAUCAUCGACAACCACUUCGACAGCUAGUUUUGCUAGUGAGCAACUAGAAAAAAAUGAUAAUGAAAUUCAAGAUGAGAACGAAAAAUCUAUAAAAAUUUCGGAAUCAACAUUAACAAGUAUUUACCAAUGCCAAACAUGCAGUAAAGAGCAUAGAGAAAAUUCAUUAAAUUGUUUCCAAUGUCAAGAAAAAGAGCUUAUUAAACGAGAUAUUGCGAACAAUAAUAGUUUUUCAAGUCACCAGUUGCCAUCGAUAGAAAAAUCACUAAUGUCUUCGCCAAUUGCACACAACACUUCUAAAGACAACGAUACAAAACAUGAAAAUAUUGUGAUGAUUGAUUCGGAGUCAAACAAGCAAAAUUCUUUUACACCAGAGACACAAUCAAAUCAAAAUCAUAGUUGUAUCGAAAAUCGAACUCAAGAUAAUUCAUCAAUUACUUCUGAUUUAUUACAAACAAAUACUCUAACGGAAAUAGAUGAAAGUGAAUUUUUCUAUGAAGAACCAAGUCCAUAUGUAACAGUAAUAAAAUCAAAUAAAACCGAUGAAUCAACCACAUCAUCCUAUCAAAUCGAUGAAUUUAACGAUGAAGAUCAUAGUGAUGAACGUGAUCAUGUUAAAGAAUUAGAAGAAACUAUAGCAAAUUUAUCUCGUCAUUUUCCAUCGGAAAAAAUUGAGCAAAAUUCACCACUAACAUUAUCGAUCAAUAAUAUCGAUACAAGUGCGAUUCUCGAAAUGGAAAUAGAAUCACCAUCAGUCGAAGAAGUUUCUUUCAACCUUCCAAAACAUACUUCCGAUCAUCCUAUUUCUGUUCCAAUUCCAAUUAAUACUCGUCGGAUUAAUUUAAGUCGUUCAUGUGGUAUACGAGAAAAUUUAACUGAUCUUCUGAUAACGCCUACAAGCAAACCUCAUCAAAUAUUACAACGAACUUUAUCGACCAAUAGCAAGCAUAUGUUAUCAAUAAAUCGACAGAAACGCAAUUUACCGUCGGUACCAAGCACUACUACUACUACUACUACUUAUUCUAAUGAAUUGCAACUGCGUCGAGCUAAUUCCGAAUCUCGUUUUAGUCUUCCAGCUGUUCCAUUACCGAUAUUAAUUCCACAACAGAAUCUCGACGAUGAAAGUGAUUUACUUGAAAUCGACCUCAAUGAUCCUGUUGGUUCAAUAAAGAGAAAUUCAUGUUCAAAGAGUGAUUCUGAAUCUAAUAGAAACAAUGAAAAAUCUCUAUAUCCAAUAACAUUCAGUAAUGAUAAUUCAUCAAAAAUUAAACAGCUACGAGAUCAAACAACAAAUACUCCUCCAAUAUCAUCGUUAAAUUCAUCGAGAAAAUCGAAAAAGAAACUAAAACAGAAAACAUCUUCUCCACCCAAUAUUACUAACGAUUCGAUCAAUUAUUCCGCUAGUUCAUCGGUCAGAAAAUUACAAAAGAGUACAAGUACAGAAAUAACAUAUCCAUUUCCGAUAACAAAAUUAAUUUUAAACCCAUCAAAACAUGGUGUUUCUACUGAGUUUGGUUUUCGUAUAACUGGUGGUCAUUCAAUUGCAAAUUGUAUGGAAGUAACAGCAUGCAUUGAAGAGAUUAAUAUUCAUCAUCGAAAUUAUGAAAUACUUAAAAAUGCUGUUCACGAAGGUGAUGAAGUACUUGAACUUGGUGGUGUGUCAUUACGUGGUAAAAGCACUCUAUUUGUCGAAAAUUUAAUGAAUACAAUACAAAAUGAAUUCGAAAUAGUUGUUCGUAGUCGAAACACUAAUAUAAAUGCAGAUUUAUCAUUAACAAUAGAUACAACUUUGCCACGAAGACAUUCAAUGAGUACAUCACAAUUACCAUUGAAUGAACCAACAAAUAACAGUAAUAAUAUAGUUACUAAAUCUAAAUCAACAUCAAUAUCUUCUCUUCAUCAGAAGCCAAAAGUAAUGAUUGACAGUUCUGAUCAAAAACAAAAUCUUCCACCAAUCAUAACGUUGCCAUCGAAUGAAAAAUCGAUCAAUGAAUUAUCAUAUCGUCCUCGUCCAAGUUUAUUACCGAACGAUCCUGUAAGCAAUGGUGUUGGUAGUAAUAUAAGUAUCGAUCAACAAAAUUCAAAUGAAUCCGAUGAAAGUGAUAGUUUAUCACAAUAUUUUCAUUCGUCAAAAAAACAAAAUUCUACUAUAUCUUCAAAAAUCAAUCCACCCGGACCACACGGACGUAGUCAAAGUGUGAUACCACUUGCCAGUGAUAAUAUAAGUGCAUCCAAUCGUUUACAAGGUUUUCUUGCAUCGGAUUCUAAACGAUCAUCAAAAGAUUCAACAAAUAUCGAAAGAAAAUCUUCAUUGGGCUUAGUGUCAUUACAAUUUCUAAAGAAAAAAACUAAAUCAGUCGAUUUGUCUCAUAAAAAAAAUUCUUUACUUUAUCAACUGAGAGAAAAUCAAUAUGCUGGUGAAAUUGAAUUACAAAUAAGGCAUGAUAGUGAACGUGAACAAUUAGUUGUAGUGAUUGUUCGAGCAAAACAUUUAUUACCAAAAGAUACAAACGGAUUUUCAGAUCCAUUUGUAAAAGUUUAUCUAUUACCUGGACGAGAUCCAGAAAAUAAACGUCGUAUCAAACAUGUAGCAAGAACAUUAAAUCCUGUUUGGAAUCAUACUGUUAUCUAUGGGAAUAUGCAUCGAGAAGAAUUACAAUAUAAAAAACUUGAAUUUACUGUCUGGGACUAUGAUCGUUUUAAAGCUAAUGAUUUUCUUGGUCAAGUUACGAUUGAUUUAAAAAAUCCGAAUGUAAUUGAUGAUAAACCUCAUUGGUAUCGGCUUCAAGCACUGCGUUCUCGUGAAGAAAUAACAAAUCGUGGUUCAUCACCACGUUUAAAUAAUUUGACAUCAGGUGAUUCAGCAACUUCAUCAACAUUAACAAUAAAUAAAGUUUCUGUGAAUAUACAACCGCGUACUAAUCAACUAAAAUAA